CUCUACAUUUUCCUUUCUUUCUUUCUGCUACUUUUUUUUUUCUCUCACCUCACAACAGAAGCAGCAAUGAAGAAGAAGAUGAUGGCAAGCACCGCCAUCUCCGUCGUCUUCGCCGCGCUCUUCCUCUUCUCCUCCGUCCACUCCUUCUACCUCCCCGGCGUCGCUCCUCGCGAUUUUCAAAUUGGUGACCCCCUCUCUGUCAAAGUGAACAAGCUAUCAUCCACCAAGACUCAACUUCCAUAUGACUACUACUUCUUGAAGUAUUGCAAACCCAAAAAGAUAUUGAACAACGCCGAAAAUUUGGGAGAGGUUCUUAGAGGUGAUCGCAUUGAGAAUUCAGUAUAUACAUUUCAUAUGAGGAAGGAACAGUCUUGUACUGUUGUUUGUCAUGAAAUUUUGGAUGCUGAAUCUGCAAAGAGUUUUAAAGAAAAAAUUGAUGAUGAAUAUCGAGUGAACAUGAUUUUGGAUAACCUUCCAGUUGCUGUUCAUAGACAAAGGAGGGAUGGAAGUCAAUCAACAACAUAUGAACAUGGUUUUCGUGUUGGGUUCAAAGGAAACUAUCAAGGGAGCAAGGAGGAGAAAUAUUUUAUUAAUAACCACUUGAGUUUCAGAGUCAUGUAUCACAAGGAUCCUGAAACUGGUUCUGCUCGUAUUGUUGGAUUUGAGGUCACCCCAAACAGUAUAAAUCACGAAUACAAGGAGUGGAAUGACAAGAAUCCACAGGUAACAACAUGCAAUAAAGAUACCAAGAAUUUGAUGCAAGGUAGUACUGUCCCACAAGAAGUAGAUACAAACAAGGAUAUCGUAUUCACAUAUGAUGUUUCCUUCAAGGAAAGUGAUAUCAAAUGGGCGUCACGGUGGGACACAUAUCUUUUAAUGAAUGAUGAUCAGAUCCACUGGUUCUCCAUCAUUAACUCUUUGAUGAUUGUUCUUUUCCUGUCUGGAAUGGUGGCAAUGAUCAUGAUGAGAACUCUUUACAGAGACAUUGCCAAUUAUAAUCAGCUAGAAACCCAAGAUGAGGCCCAAGAAGAAACAGGGUGGAAACUUGUUCAUGGAGAUAUUUUCAGGCCACCAGUCAAUUCAAAUUUGCUUUGUGUUUAUGUCGGUACUGGUGUUCAGAUCUUUGCAAUGACACUUGUGACAAUGAUAUUUGCUUUGCUAGGGUUUUUGUCUCCAUCUAAUCGUGGAGGUCUCAUGACUGCUAUGGUUCUGUUGUGGGUUUUUAUGGGCUUAUUUGCUGGCUACUCCUCAGCACGUUUGUACAAGAUGUUCAAGGGCACAGAAUGGAAAAGGAACACCUUGAAAACUGCAUUUAUGUUCCCAGGCAUUCUUUUUGCUGUCUUCUUUGUGCUGAAUGCUUUAAUCUGGGGGGAGCAGUCCUCCGGGGCAGUCCCUUUUGGAACAAUGUUUGCUCUAGUCUGCUUAUGGUUUGGUAUAUCAGUACCCUUGGUCUUUGUUGGCAGUUACUUGGGUUUUAAAAAGCCAGCAAUUGAAGACCCAGUGAAGACUAAUAAAAUUCCUAGGCAGGUACCUGAGCAGGCGUGGUAUAUGAAACCUGUCUUCUCAAUUCUUAUUGGAGGCAUUCUUCCAUUUGGGGCAGUGUUCAUCGAGCUCUUCUUUAUCCUGACAUCAAUAUGGCUGAACCAGUUCUAUUACAUCUUUGGCUUCCUUUUCAUAGUGUUUGUGAUCCUAUUAAUCACCUGUGCCGAGAUUACCAUUGUGCUUUGCUACUUCCAAUUGUGCAGUGAGGAUUACAAUUGGUGGUGGAGAUCUUAUCUCACUGCUGGGUCCUCUGCGUUGUACCUCUUCCUCUACUCAAUUUUCUACUUCUUUACCAAGUUGGAGAUUUCAAAGCUGGUAUCGGGCAUCCUUUACUUCGGGUACAUGAUAAUUGUUUCAUAUGCCUUCUUUGUGUUGACGGGAACUAUUGGCUUCUAUGCUUGCUUCUGGUUUGUUCGCAAGAUCUACUCGUCGGUGAAGAUUGACUGAUUUCAGGCACAUAUAGUGGAUGAUUGCAACGGGAAGCAAAUACUGACGGGAAGUUACCUUUCCCCCCCACCUUUGAAAACCCUUUUUUGUUUAUUGUUAGGGUAGUAGAUGGAUUGUUAAUUUGUUACAUGCUUUUUCAAAUAUUGUGGUAGUUUCUGAAGUAAUGAUAUAUGUCUGCAUGACACGACCAAGUGAUGAUGACAUAUUAACUGAGCAAUUAAUUGUGAGGGAAUGUUUGACGUGAGGGUGUUAUAA